UGUGUAUACGUCGCUUUGCAUCGCGCGCGAUAAUAGUCACGGGUGGGACCCCCUUGACGCGCGCUCGCCUCGAGAUCGCUCGAGAUACCGGGUCGACUACUGACGAGGCCCGCAGUUCUCAGAGCAUCGCGAUCGACGGUGGAUCGAUCGCCGACUCGCGCGAUCCAGACCAAUCCGAUGGGAUCCAACGGAGAAGCCCGACGCGGAAACGACGAUUAUCGGGAAACCCGAUGUACCUGAUCAUUCGACGAAAAUUACGAGACGGAGAACCGAGAAGUGAUCGAAAGAAAUACUCCAAUUUAACGCAAGAACUUGGAGCACGAGUCGGAUAAAAUUGUGGUAAUCGAGAAUUUGAGAAACGGAUUCGCCUGUGUCUUUGAGAUACGACGUGCAGUAGUGUGCGGUGAGAAGAAUUGUUUUAAUGAACCAGUAAAAACAAAUAGUGCCUUAAAUCGGGAUCAUCGCAGACCGUUUGUUAAUCGACUUAUGAAGCUGCUUAGUUUCAUAACAUUUUAAUCGAUACGCUUUAAUGACACUUGGAUUGGUACACUCGUUAUUACCAAUCAGCCUUAAUAGCGUAUUAGCAGAUACAUCGAUCUCGGUCUACGUCGUCGCAGCUGAUUCUUUCGAUCACUGAGCCGCUUUCGUACCGAUUUCAACUCUUGUUGCUCCGAACAGCGCCCACGUUUGGAUGUUAAUAACGAUUUACGAUUUAUAAUUCUGUAUUGACACUUCGGUGACGAUAGUUCAGUUUGCACCGAGCACGUGGACUUUUUGUUAACAAACUGACGGCCGAUCAAGGUGAACUGCGGGAAACGAAAAGAACAAGAUGCUCUUCAAGGGUAACAGUUCACGGCUGGAAUUGCUGAUAGGAAAGAUCCACGCGCACAAGGAACCGUCGCAGGACGAGCAACACAAGUCUAAAGAGGCCCUAGGAACCGGAAGUUCCUCGUGGCACAGCGAGGAUGGCGGGCCCAACUCGCGUCGCGGUGGCGAGACACCGUCCUCCUGCGCGACACCGACAUCGGCCAGCUUCCCGUCGGAGCCCGAGGUCGACGCCGACGUCGGCGUCAAUCCCGACGGCAACAACCCCGCUGCCCCGUACCCCUGCCAAUUCUGCGACAGGACGUUCCCGCGACUCAGCUACCUGAAGAAGCACGAGCAGAGCCACGGCGAUCAAAUGCCCUACCGAUGCAGUUGGUGCAACAGACUAUUCAAGCACAAACGCAGCCGCGAUCGCCACGUGAAGCUGCACACCGGAGACAGGCGAUAUCGCUGCUCGAAAUGUGAGGCCGCCUUCUCCAGGAGCGAUCAUCUGAAGAUUCACUUGAAGACGCACGACACCCAGAGGCCUUACCAAUGCACGGCUUGCACGAGAGGCUACAGCUCAGCCGCGGCCUUAACGUCGCACAUGCAGUCCCACAAGAAGCAUCACCAAUCGUCGUCCUCUCAGUCGGCCGGCAAGCUCCAGGACAUUGAUUACGGGAGGAGAAGCGUCUCCUCGCACAGCACGUCGUCACCGCCGGUGCCGUCGUCGCCGUCGCCGUCGUUGAAUCUCACUCUGAACCCAAGGAACGUCCUGAAAACGUCGCAGGGUACCGGCAGCACCUCCACCACGCCGAUUCUCAACUCGCCCGUGAAGCUCACCUGCAUGUACUGCACCCGGGACUCGUUCAGCUGCAUGCAGCAGCUGCAGAUGCACGUGCGCACGAUGCACCAGGAGAUCGUGAGCGGUGCGGAGGGUCUGACGCGGCAGCCGUCGCUAAGCAAAACGUCGAGCGAGCAGCAAGCGGUGUUUUGCUCGCGCGACAAGCCACCCGAUCGCCAGGACAGCUCGAAGGACUCGCGCCCGGACCGGAAGUACCCGCCUGAGGAGAGGGCCGACAGGCCCGCCGGCGAACGAGACCACUACGAGAACGCGUUCACCUGCGACCAAUGUACCAUGAAGUUCUCCACCCUGGCCUGUCUGCGCGAGCAUUCGCUGUCGAUACAUCGAGUAGGUUUCAGCGCGACCAUGGUGAUAUGCCCGCUGUGCGGCAUCCCGUGCGCCUCGACGGCAACCUACGCCGAGCACUACGUUCUCCAGCACUGCGAUAAUCGCCGACUGGUGCCGACAACCAGCAUAGAUUACAGCGAGACGAAACUGAACGGCGUUUACGACAGUACCCCAGCGAGAGACUCCAGGUCUCUACCGAGAAGCAGGAACGCUCCGGAAGCCGCCGAUCUCACGAAUAAACGUCCAACCAGGCCAUCCGCGGACGUCGCUGGUGGCUACACCGCGGAUACCCUCUUGUGCGGCCAAUGUGACGCUGCGCUCAAGGAUUUCGAGUCCUUUCGCGAACACGUGGCCCGGCACCUGCAGGCCGACCACCGCAACCAGGAGAUAUCCAGCAGGCAACAUCUGUGUCCCAAGUGCGAGGCCGCCUUUCCGGCCCGCGAGGACAUGCUGGCCCACCUGACCAAGCACUACCUGGGCCAGGUCAGCAAGGAGUUCGCGUGCGGCGCCUGCAAAAAAUUCUACCCGCAUCCGGAUCAGCUUCAGAGACACUUGCUGGACGCCCACGCGCAUCAUCUGUACCGUUGCGCCCUGUGCCGAGACACGUUCGACUCCAAAGUGGCGAUACAAGUCCACUUCGCGGUCAAGCACAGCCAAGAGUGCCGGAUCUACCGUUGCAACGUAUGCACCCUGUCCAACAACGAGAACUCGCCGCCGGGGGCGAACGCGGCUCCCGGCGACGGCAGGACCUUCUUCAGGAGCGAGGCCGAGAUGGCGGCCCACGUGCGCAAUGUACACGCGCCUCCUCCCGUCGUCCCGUCCCUGAUGAAUAGCAGUCCCGUCGGCGCUGCAACGAGAAGUCCGGCUUCGACGCCUGGCGUUGUCGCGACGCGCUGCGUCUUCUGCGGGACAUGCUGCAGUUCGGAGCUCGAGCUUCAGCUUCACCUUGCCAGCCACUCGGCCAAUCUCUACAGGUGUCCCAUCUGCAGGGAAGGUUUCGCGGUGGAAUUCCUCCUGGAUCGACACGUCGCCCAGGUUCACCAUCAGGCAGCGCAGGAUCACCAGGCGCCGUCAGUCAGAAACAGGGAGAACGGGCGUGUUCAUCGACUGGCCAGAAGUCAGGAAGAAACGAAAUCUCUGAAGAGGGGCCGUUCGCCAGCGUCAAGCAACAACAAUUCCCUGAACCAGCGCGACAACAACAACAAACGUUCGAAUUACAGCAUCUCCGGUCAACAAUGCGAGCUCUGCGAACGCGGUGAAUUCGCGAACGAGGCCGAACUGCAAGCGCACAAGAAACUCGCCCACACAACCCCCAAGCUAUCCAACAAGUCCCUAUCCACCUUGAGCAUGACGUGUGGCUAUUGCGGCGAGGUUUGUCGCUCGCGAAGCGAGCUGGAAUCUCACACGAGGAUUCAGCACGCAUCAAAUGAGCCUGGUGGCCGUCACAAGUGCAAUAUCUGCGACGAAGUGUGCCCGUCCGGCGCGAGUCUGGCCGAGCACAAGCUCCAGAAGCACUGCAAGAUCCAGCUGAGCGACACGUGCGUGGUGUGUCGCAGUUGCCUCACGUCGGAGAACCAAUUCCUGGACCACGUGCAAAGGCACAGUCUGGAGAACGUGGAUCCGCAACAACGACUGGACAGUACGCUGCCUCAUCUACCUGCGCCGUGCGUUGUCUGCCGACAGACCUUGAUCAGUGAUCUGGAAUGUCGUCUGCACGCGCGGCAUCACCUACGAACGUCUUCGGGAUCGCGUAGCGCCGGUUCCAGCCCGACCAGUCCUGGUGGCGGCAAAGGCCAAAAUCAAGGUUGCUGCCUCUGCUUGCGUGAUUUCGCGGCCGAGGACUUUGUCAAUCUACCACCCAAUCCAGCCAGUACGAGCGGACAGCUGCUCAGAGUCUGCAAGCCGUGCUACAUGCGACACUCUCAGGGACUGCCUAUUCUGAACUCGACAACCUAUGAGCACCGGGCCAAGUACGAGGCGGCCUGGCUCGCGAACAAGGACGGCCAGUGGAACGAGUCCAAGGACAAGUGGGAACACGAAAGAGGAGGACUCAAGGUAGAGGAUCGAUCUAGGAACGAUGAAAACGCGAAGAAGCAACGUUGCGAAGAGUGCGGGGUAAAGUUUGAGGAUCCCGAAGAGGCCGAGAAGCACAGGAUCGCCGAGCAUGAAAAGACUAGCGGUGGCUCGAAUACGUACACCUGCAUACAGUGUCAAGUGUCGUUUCCGACUGAAGCCAAGAUUCAACAACACGUGAGGAAGGAACACUUGGAGGCAUCCGGGAAAGCCUCCUUGGAGGCUUUACGGUGCCACUUGUGCCUAUUCGAAGCCGCCAGUCCUAUGCAGCUGCAAAUUCACUUAAUAGAGCACACUUUCGCCGGUUGUGCCGCCCUUAGCUGUUACAUCUGCCAGUCGCUCUUCACAACUCCCAUUGGCCUUCAGAAUCAUAUGCUGCAGGAACACGGAUUGGACGCGCGGCCGUACGACUGCUCCAAGUGCACGCUCAAGUUCUUCUUCAGCGCGGAACUGGACCACCACGUGCUGACCUUCCACCGUCCAGGGGAAGAGAUGCGCUCUUCGACCGAGAACGCUCGCGAGAAGAAUCGCGAGCCUGAGAAGCGCGAUAAUGGUGUAACGGUGAAGGAGGAAGUGGUGCAAGGCGGCAAGGAAGAAGAGGAGGAAGAGGAGGAAGUGAAUGUAGAUGAUCAAAUGGGGCAGGGGCGACACGACGAGGUUGCACGGGAGGAGCAGAAGCUGAAAACGGAAGUAAACGGCGAGACAUCCGGCGGGAUGGAAUCGUGACUCUCCUCCGUCAGCAUUACAUUUCGUUCCGUUCUAGAAUUAAUUGAUUAUUAGAAAUUCGUUCAUUUAUUAAGUUUGCCGCGAAUAUUUUAGACGACGCAAGUCACUUAGACACCGAUUUGCAGACCGAUGAAGUUCGAUACAGUAUUAAUUAGGAGUAUUAUGGAGGAAAAUUGCCGUUCUUGUAAUUAUUCCAGAUGGUUAGUUUUUUACAUAUCGCUAAUAAAAUUACGAUGUAAGGUUACCUUUUUAUCGUCUCAAAUCCUUGUAUGUCAGUUUCAAUUUUAGACGCUGAAUAUCUAAGUUUUCAAGGAACAUAAGUUUGUUUGCGUUAAGUUUGAUGAGAGUUAGCAUUUAUUUUAUAUUGUUUCAAGCAUCGUAUAUACUCUCGUGGUUUAUUAUUGUAGAAGUACAGCAUAGGUUUUAAUUUUUUUUCUAAGUACUUCGAUGAAUGACAGAUACAUAGACUGCUCUAACGAAACUCGACCGACUGCCAAAAUUAAAGCAAUCACAAUGUACAUCUAAAAUGUAUGCGUACAUGUAUACAUAUGUAUAUAUCAAUGCUGAACGUUGUUAAAUUUACAUUAUACAUUAGUACCUUCGAAAGAAGUUUAAACUUAAAAAAAAUCCAAUGCGUGUCAAAUCUUAGAAAUCGGCGCACAAAGUCGAUUUUUAUUUAACCUCUUAAAAAAUAUUUCGGUUUACCUUGAGAUUAUUUCUAUUCACAAUCUACUCUCAGAAAUUUUAUUAAACAAUUUUGAGAAUUGGAGUUGAAAGAUGAGACUAAAUUAUCUUACAUGAAUGAAAUUCUCUAGUUUAUAUAUGUAUAACAUCAUGUUUGCAGUGUUGGACGUUUAUAGUAUUUUUGUUAAUUUCUAAGUGCGUUCUAUGAAACAAUUGCUUAACGAUCAAUUACCUAUUGAUUUGUAACUGGGUGCUCUCGAUAAAAUGAUCAUCUCUUCGUGAAAAAAAAUUGUAAAUAUUAUGCAGAUAGCAAGAGAUAUACAUAUAUUAUAAAUGUUCUACCGAUUUAUAUUAAUUGAUGCAUAAGCGACGAAAUUCUUGAUAUUUAAAAGGAGACGCAAUAACCUGUCCAUUAGAUACAUAGCGAUAAAAUAGUUAUGUACGAAGUAAGUUAUUGUUUCCAACAUCGUACGUGCUGUAUAUACAGUAUAAUUUGUCCAUUAGGCACAUAUAGCCGUCUCUAAUAAGACAAUUAUAUACGAAUAAAUUAUUGUUCUAAAUCGG